CCGUCAUCAACUCACCUCCCCAAUCCUCCACCCCCGACCUCCCCCUUCAACCCUCUCUUAUCCACUCCUGUCUCCCGUCAAAGCUCCAGAGUUUACACAGCUAGCUGGAUUGAUAAGAAAGAACUGCAAUAAUGGGCUCUCCCUUCGACAUCAAUGGCGGUGCCUGCGUCGCCAUGGUGGGCAAGGACUGCGUCGCCAUCGCCUGCGACCUCCGCUUGGGCAUGCAAGCCCUGACCGUCUCCAACAACUUCCCCAAGAUCUUCAACUACGCCCCGUCUACCUAUCUCGGCCUGACUGGUCUCGCCACCGAUGUUAACACCGUCUCUGACCUUUUCCGCUACAAGGUCAACAUGUACCGCCUGCGCGAGGAGCGCAAUAUCUCCCCCCAGACCCUGGCCAACCUGGUGAGCUCAUCGUUGUACGAGAAGCGCUUCGGACCGUUCUUCGUCAGCCCGGUCAUUGGCGGUAUCAAUCAAACGACCGGCAAGCCGUUUAUCUGUGGAUUCGACAGCAUCGGCUGUAUCGACUUUGCCAAGGACUUCAUCGUGAGCGGAACGGCCAGCGAACAGCUGUUCGGUACCUGUGAGGGUCUGUGGGAGCCAGAUCUGUCUCCUGAGGACCUCUUCGAGACCAUCUCCCAAGCCCUACUGGCCGCCGUCGACCGAGAUGCCCUCUCCGGUUGGGGUGCACAGGUGUAUAUUAUAGAGAAGGACAAGGUGACCCAGCGGUUACUGAAGGGACGACAGGAUUAAAGAGAGGAUACCAGAGGGUCAAGUUGGUUCAUUUUGGGCUUUCUGUUGGUUUGAGGGCAUCGGCGUCUGUGGUCUUCACUGGAUGAUGAUGUGCCAUCGUAGGUCAGCCACUGGCGCAAUACCACAGUGACGCGAGGACGACGAUCAGACCGUGGAUUCAUCCUGCGGCUAUAUGUUUCUCAUACUUCAUAUCACGAUAAUACAAGCUCCGUCAUCACGUCACA